AUGGCCGAGGUAGCCCCAGCUCCGGCGAAGAAAGCGGCGGGCGCUGCGAAGGCGCGGAAGCCGGCCGGCCCCAGCGUGACGGGGCUGCUGAUGCAGGCGGUGGCGGCUUCCAAGGAGCGCGGCGGCAUCUCCUUGGCCGCGCUGAAGAAGUCCCUGGCGGCCUCGGGAUACGACGUGGAGAAGAAUAACAGCCGCCUCAAGUUAGUCCUAAGGAGCCUGGUGACCAAGGGGACGCUGCUACAGAUCAAGGGCACGGGCGCCUCGGGCUCCUUCAAGCUCCACAAGAAGCGGGCCGACCCCAAGGACAAGGCGACCCGCAAGCAGCAGUCGGCGGGAGCCAAGAAGAAGAAGGCGAAAAGGGCUGCAGGUGCCGCCGGGGUGAAGAAAGCUGUCAAAAAGCCGGCUUCAGUGGCGGCCAAGAAGCCGAAAAGCCCCGCUAAACUCCCGAAGGCAAAGGCAAAAGCUAAGCCUAAGGCAUCCACCAAGGCCAAGCCCGUCCCUAAAAAGAAGUGA